CGUCAUCCCACUUAUCUUGCCUCUCUCGACCCUUCCUCCACCUCCUCUUCCUAUCCUUGUGCUCAUUCCUCCAUGCUAUCCCAUCACCGUCGAAAUCCCUCCCAGCUCUAGUGGUGCCACCGCUGUCGGAGUCACUAUCUCCGCGCUUUCGCCGCCAACCCUAAACAGUCCAACCGCAAACGCCAACGCCGCUAUCCCCAUCCAACCGCCGGCAUCUACCAGUAUCCCCGUCGAACCGCGCCGCCGCCUAUCACCAUUACUAGGCUAGCGAGCUUCCCUGCCAUCAGAUCUUCCGCUUAGCCCGUUUCCCCGCCCUCCGCGAACCCUAACCUUAAGAAGCAGUCCUGUAUAAAUCUUGCCACAAAAUUCGUGAGGAUCGAGUUCGCUGCCCGAUACUACCGCCACCGCGCCGCAUGGCAAGAGGCGACGGCAGCGACGAUGGCUACGGCCGCCGCAACAAGAGGCGCUGUGGAUCCGCAGGCGAUGAAGACAAGGAGAUCAGCCGCCACGAGAGAUGCCGAGUUCCCGCUGGCGAUUAUCCAGAUGCCGGCAACGGCGGUGGUUGCGACGGCUCCGGCGAUGACGACGACGGGGACUGCACCGGCGAGGAUGACAUGUACGACUACAGCGACGAUUCCGAAGGGUAUCUGGAGGAGGAAGAACCGAAGGCCGACGAGUUGCCGGCCGCCGCCGCACCCAACAAGGGGUACACCGUUCUAACCGAAGACGAUAUCCUCAAACGGCAACAGGACGCCGCCGCGGAUGUCGCCGAGGUGCUCUCGAUCCCAUCCAGCCUCGCCGCCGUCCUGCUCCGGCACUUCAAGUGGAGAACCAGCCGGGUGAAGGACGAGUGGUUCUCCGACGACCGGCACGUCCGCGACGCCGUCGGCCUGCUGCCGGCGGACGGCGUCCCCGUGCCCAUGGCGCUCAGCCGCCGGGACCUCGUAUGCGGCAUAUGCUUCGGCGGAUUCGGCGCCGGCAAGACGCGAUCCGCGGGGUGCGCCCACUACUACUGCGACGAGUGCUGGCGCGGGUACAUCCACGCCGCCGUGGGUGACGGCCCGCGGUGCCUGUCGCUGCGGUGCCCGGACCCGGCCUGCCCGGCGGCCGUCGUCCAGGACCUCGUCGCCGCGGCCGCCGACGCCGCGGACAGGGACCGCUACGCCCGGUUCGCGCUCCGGUCGUACGUGGAGGAGAGCAGCGGCGGCGUCGUCAAGUGGUGCCCUGCCUCCGGCUGUACCCGCGCCGUGGAACUCGCCGGCGGCGCCGCCGGCGCCCGGGACGUUUUCUGCGACUGCCGCCACGGUUUUUGCUGGGCCUGCGGCGAGGAGGCUCACCGGCCGGUGUCGUGCGACACGGUGCGCGCGUGGCUGGCCAAGAACAGGUCGGACUCGGAGACGACGAACUGGGUGCUGGCCAACACCAAGCACUGCCCCAAAUGCCGGCGGCCGAUCGAGAAGAACCAGGGCUGCAACCACAUGACCUGCAGCGCCCCCUGCGGCCACCAGUUCUGCUGGCUCUGCUCCGACCCCUGGGAUGGCCACCGCAAGUGCUCGCGCUACGAGUACGAGGUGCAGCCGCGGGAGCCCGGCGGCGGCGAGAAGUCCGGCGGCGGGGGCCAGGGCAAGGCGGCCGCCUGGCAGGAGGAGGUGCUGCGGCGGCGGCAGGCCAAGGCGUCGCUGGACAGGUACCUGUACCACUACGAGCGGUGGGCGGCGAACCGGGGCUCGCUGCGCAAGGCGCUCGAGGACAUGGACGAGCUGAGGCUGUCGGGGCUGGAGAGGAUGGCCGCCGCGCUGGAGGUCCCGGCGGCGGACCUCGGGUUCCUGACCCGGGCGUACGAGCUGGUCGCCGACAGCCGGCGGGUGAUGCGGUGGGUGUACGCGUACGGCUACUUCCUUGACCCGGUGCGCGACGCGGCCAAGCGCCGCCUGUUCGACCACCUGCAGGACGACGCCAACUCGAGGCUGGAGAGCCUGCACUCGUGCGCCGAGCUGGAGAGGAGGAAGUUCGACGCCGGCGCCGCCGAGGACCGGCGAGCCGACGCCAUGAACGAGAUGUACAGGGCGUACAAGAAGAAGCUCGAGGACCUCACCAGCGCGACGAGGCACUACUUCGGGAACCUCGUCAAAGCGUUCGAGGCCGACAUGCCCGAGUUCAACUCAGUGAAGAAGUAGAUGGGCAUCGGAAUGGAUUCGGUUUAUUUUUGCUCCUCAUUAGAUUGCUUGUUAAUCGCGCUAAUUCGUCAGGACUUGAUUCAUGUGGUACAGUUCUACAUUUGUUUGGACUUUAAUUUGGAUUCCGUCCGCUUGUUAUUUUGGACAUGGACAAUAUUUCCUUCAUCAGAUCAAUUGUCUUCCUCAGGACUUAAUGGUAUAUAUUGCUUCAGUUUUGCUUUA